GUCAGUCUAUCAACAAAAGCUGACAUCACCUAAGCUUUUAGACAUGGUUAUAUAAGUAUCACUUUAAUUUUUUAUUUUGCAUACUUUGGCAAUAUAAUAACAACAACAACAACAAUAAUAAUAUGGGCUUCUUCUCUGGCAAGUGUGAGCCUGAUGCGGCUGAUAAUCAGUGGUCAUCAUACUGUCCCUCGGUGCCUGUCGCCUUCCUCUUCUUCGUCCUGUUCAGCGUCUCCUUCGUCUUCCACUGCUUUCAAGCUCUCCGACACCGCCAGCUCUUCUGUCUCGUUAUGAUCACCGGUGUGCUCUGGGAGGUUGCUGCCUUCGCCUCACGCGUCUAUUCUGCCAAAAGUCCCACACAGAAGGGCGUGUUUGAUACCUCAUACCUGCUUCUCAUUCUUGCGCCCGUCUGUGUCAACGCCUUCGACUACAUGGUUGUCUCGCGUCUGGUGCGCCGCUUUCUCUUCCGGCAGCGCGUGUGCGGCUUGAGUGGACGAGUUAUGGGCAAGCUUUUUGUCUGCUGUGAUAUUGUAUCCUUCAUUGUACAGAUCGGCGGGGGGUUGAUGACCCUGAGCUCCAAAUCCAGCACCGAAAAAACCGGCCUCCAUAUUUUGACCUUUGGAGUGGUAUUCCAGCAGGCCCUGAUCGUCUUCUUCUUUGUGGUCACAGUAGUCUGUGGACGAAAGACAGCCUAUACCGUUAGAAACUCGCAAACUAUCCAGGCUGGGAUUCAGAAAACUCUGCAUGUUGUCCAGGGAUCUUUAAUUCUAAUUUCUUACCGCAUCAUCUAUCGUAUUGUUGAGUUUUCCUCUGGCGAAGGCAGCUCCCUGAACAGCUACAUUGAUAACCACGAGUGGUGUGUAUAUGUUUUCGAUGCUGGCCCGAUGUUCCUUGCCGUCCUUUUGAUGAAUAUCUGGCAUCCGGGCGCCGUCUUGAAAAAGUCCAAGGAUUACUAUGAUGAUUCAGUGCCCGUGGCGGAGAUGGAGCACCAGCCUCUGGCGACUACACCAUCCCCAUAUGAGCAUGAAGAAUUACAGGUUAGGUGAUUGUGAAUGUAUAUUUAUAGUUGAGCAUCAGGUGGAGUUUUAUAUGAUAGUCUAUAGGGCAAAUCUCAUACUUUAGAUA